CUGUGGUGUCAGUAGAUGGGCGGCCUGUGAGACUCCAGCUCUGUGACACUGCAGGACAGGACGAGUUUGACAAGCUGAGGCCCCUCUGCUACACCAAUGCAGACAUCUUCCUGUUGUGCUUCAGUGUGGUGAGCCCCACAUCCUUCCAGAAUGUCAGUGAGAAGUGGGUACCGGAGAUUCGGUGUCACUGCCCUAAGGCCCCCAUCAUUCUGGUUGGGACACAGUCGGACCUUAGAGAAGAUGUCAAAGUGCUCAUCGAACUGGACAAAUGCAAAGAGAAGCCAGUCCCUGAGGAGGCGGCGAAGCUAUGUGCUGAGGAAAUCAAAGCUGUCUCCUAUAUUGAAUGCUCAGCCUUGACUCAGAAAAACCUCAAAGAGGUGUUUGACGCUGCCAUCGUUGCUGGCAUCCAGCACUCAGACUCCCAGCAACAGCCAAAGAAGUCUAAAAGCAGGACCCCAGAUAAGACAUGUGAGCAGCUACCCAGAAGUCUCAAGCCAAAAGGGGAGCCUCACUGAUCUGCAGGUGCCUUACCAACUUGUGCUUUUCUGUUUUCAUGUGUUGAAGAUGCUGGAUCUUGUACUUGAAAAUGCUAUAAAUGAGUUGCUAUGAAAUAAACUCUGACCUGUGGACAUA